UUCUAUGCCACUGUGAGAGCCAGUGAAGUAUAGCGAUGAUAGUGUCUGAGUGGGAGCUGGGAGACCAGGGUUCAAAUCCCUGCUCAGCUAUAAAGCUCAUUGGGUGACCUUGGUCCGGUCACUGUCUCUUGUACCUCACAUGGUUGUUGUGAGGAGAAAAUCGGGAGAGGAAGAAGCAUGUUUGUAUGCCACCUUUUGCUCCUUGGAGGAAAGGCGCAAUAUCAAGAUAACGUAGAAGGAAUUCCAAAACAAAACCAAACAAAAUGGAAGAGCUGGACCCAGCAGGACCCAAAGCCAAAGAAGGACUGGAAGCAGGAGGAAGAGAUUCUUGGGCUGUACAAGUUGAGACGGUCAAGGAGCUUCUGACCAAGGUAGCCCCGCAACAAAUUAAGAAGGAACCGGACUUGGGCCUUCAAGAACGCUGGGAGGCCCAGUGGCAGGAGUUCCUGAGGACAAUGCACCCUCCUCAGUCAGGAUGGGAAAAGCCACAUCUCCCUCGACCCUGGUCAAAGGACAACGCAAAGGACUUCCAGGCAUCCUUCAAGGCUGUCGUUGAUACCAGCCAGUGGCCUACCGAAGAGCGUGUGGCCCAGACCCUGCCAUGCCUCUCUGGAAAAGCCCAUGAGGCCUACCAAAGGCCGGAUCCUUCUGUGAUAGUGAAAGAAGAGGUUCCGCGUGAGGAAGACGUCACCAGCUCGGAGUCAUGUUGCCGACGCUUCCGGCAGUUUGGCUACCAGGAGGCUGAGGGCCCCCGUGAGGCCUUGAGCCAACUCCAGGAGCUUUGCCACCAGUGGCUGGCGCCACAGAGACACACCAAGGAGCAGAUCCUGGAGCUGGUGAUCCUGGAGCAGUUCCUGACCAUUCUGCCAGCAGAGAUGCAGAGCUGGGUCAGGGAACGCGGCCCGGAAACCUGUGGCCAAGUGGUGGCCCUGGCAGAGGAUUUCUUGCUGAGGCUGCAACAGACUGAGGGGCUGGAACAAAAGGUGCCAGGGCUUCUGGAAGAGGCGGCCAUUAAUUCUCCCAAGUCGGAGCUGGAUCCAUUGGGCACUCUGCAGUUGCCGCUCCCCAUGGAGAUCAAGCAGGAGGAGGAUGGGGAGGCCAGCUUGCUGGGCCUCAUCAUGGUACACAUGCAAGGAAGGACCAAGCUCCAUGGCAUGUCGGUCGCCCCUUCCUCUACUCCAGCAACCCAAGCUGGAUGGGCAUCCUCCGCUGAUCAUGUUGCCGCAAUGUGGCCAACCAGAGGAUCAUCCCCUGCAGGUCACAGAGGUGUCCACCAGCAACAGAGAACACAUGUCAGUGUAGAUGAGCCCAUGGACCUGCUGAUUCGGGAUUCCUCCCAGGAAGUGGCACAGUCUCCCUCCUGGUCUGAUUCUGCAGAGGAAGAGUCCCAACCAAUGGCACCAGUAGAGGAGGAGGAGAUCGCCAUUGGUGCAUCUCCUCGGACACCAGCCCACCUUUGGCCACCUACAAGCUCCAGUGCUGGAUUUCUCUAUUCUUCCACUCCACCCUUCGCCAAGGCUGCCACCAGCAGCUCCACUGCCACUGCGCACUCCCAUGUUCCAGUCAGCAGCAGCACACCUAGUGCCACCAGGAUCCCACAUGUCGCCGCUAUGGCAGAGAAGCAUUCCACUGCAAUGGGCUCCGCAGAGGAAGUGAAGGCCACUAGGCUGCCCACAAAGCGUGGCAGAAAGGUCUCCUCCUUUGUGUGGAAUCAUUUCUCUCACACAGAGGACAAAUUUUCAGUGGUAUGUCACCACUGCAGGCAGUAUGUGCGGCUGGGGAAGGAAGGAGGCUGCGGCAAGGUGGGGACCACGUCGAUGCACCGGCACCUGUCCCUUCACCAUCCCCUUGUCCUUCCCGACAAGGUUCUUUCAGCACCAGCUGCCACACUCUCCUCGUCAUUGAAAACAUCACUGCCGGCUGCGGUGCUCAAUGCCAGCCCCUCACACUCCUCCACAUCAGCCAGCCGAACCUCCUGCGUCACCAGCAUCCCACAGGCAACCGCUUUGGCGAGGAAGCACCCUGCCGCACCAAUCCCUGGGAAGGAUGCACGUACCACCAAGCGUGGGAGAAAGGUCUCAUCUUUCGUGUGGAACCACUUCUCGCAGCACGCCUCAGACAGGUUUGCUGUGGUGUGCAACCACUGCUGGCAGCACGUGCGGCUGGGGAAGAAAGGAGGGUGCACCAAGGUGGGGACCACAUCAAUGCACCGGCACCUCUCCGUGCACCACCCCUUCCUUCUGCCCAAGAAGGCUUCGCCGAUGCCAGACAACAGGCCCUCCUUGCCCUUGCCGGCGGCACCACCUGCUACAGCAUGUGCUGCCACUGCAGACUCUUUGCUGCCCAACUCUGCGGUGCAGGCACAGCCCACAGCCCUGCUGACUCUUUGUGAAUCAAUGAAGGAGGUGUCAGACCCCACUAAUCCCAGCAUGAUGGAACAAAACCAGUGGCUGGCAGAGUUUCUUGCUAAGAACGUGCACCCUUUCUCCCUGGUGGAUGAACCUGCCUUCCGAGAGUUCCUCCACCGCUGUGUGUCCCAGUGGAGGGUUCCGAGGAAGAGCUACUUCUCCUGCUCUGAAGCUCCAGCUGCAGCCGAGGGUAUCAGGGAUGCUCUUCAGAAGCAUAUCGAGCCAUGUGUCUGACCUCCGGACAAGCUGCCCAGUGCAGGAUUCUGUGUUGGUCCCUGCAGCAGAUUAGCAGACACACAACCAGGCCAGGGGGAUGGCUUGUGUGACAAAUGCCUGGGCUGGACAUGUCCAGCUUUUGCCAUCUGCCCACUGCUGCCACCAUUAGCGUGUCAAACUUUCAAGUGGCGCUAGACAAAUGGUUCCCUCUCAUGUCGAUGCCGCCUGGCACCAUCGGCAGCAACGUGAUGGACAAUGCAAGAGAGAGGUCAGCAGCACCAUAAGCUGCUGGGGGUAAUUUGCAACCGCUUCAGGACACUCUGCAAAUAGCCAGGCUACCUUAAGAACCACCCAGGCAGAUGUUGCAUACUGGGCCACCUGCUUCCCGGAUCAACAGACUGAAGGACACCUUUGGGGAAGAGCUGGAGUUCAGCGGUAGAGCAUCUCCCUCGCAGGCAGACGGUCCCAGGUUCAAUUCCCAGCAUCUCCAGGUAGGGCUAGGAGAGAAUCCUGUCUGAAACACGGGAGACCCACCGUCAGUCAGUGUAGACAAUAUUGAACUAGGGGUGGCUCAGUAUAAGGCAGCUUCCUGUGUUCCUUUGAACAUGUACAUGAGGGUCCUGCUCAGAGGAACCUUGAGCUCAAAGAUAAUGUCUUGGCUCAGGUUAUGGAUGCCUGUGCUCUGGACGCUGCUGGCAGUGGUGCAGGCACCGAGGAGGCAAUGCCAUAUUCAUCUGAGAGACAGUACAGGACCAGUUUGUCCUUGCCAGCAGCAACCUCCCUCCAAGAGAAACUUCAGCUUGUGGCUGUCCAACAGGAUGGGAGUUGCAGUACCAGGUGCACAGCCACAGUUCCAUUGCCAGCUGUGCACACACCGGUAGAUGGAUGUCUACACGCAAGGCAAACAUGGGGAGAAGAUUUUGCUACACACACACAGUGAUCCUGUCAGAUAGCAAAGGGUGAAGUAGCCUAUGUGCGUGGCCCUUGCUGUGCAGUGCAGUUGCUGUGCCCUCCUGUUUGCGUGUCCUUGGAGUGGGUGUUCAGACCGGCGUGGAACGUUUGCAAAAAGGAACAGACCUGCAGUGCACAAUGGGAACACUCUCUGCCUUAUGAGAACAAAACAAAGAUCAGAUUUCCAAUGAUCCUGAUUCUAGUUCCUGCUGAGGUUUUCUGUAAAGUGUAUGGGAACGCCAAAGGAUGCUGCAGGGCGGAGGGGUGGGGGAAGGUUGCUAACCCCCAGUUCAGAGACCUGAGCCAGCUCCCUCCCCACACGCCCUGAGCAAAUUUUCUGCCCCCCCCCCGAAUCCCACCAAUUUGCACAGCAGCAGCAAAAACCUUUAUAUAUAUUUAAAAAUAGACACACUGAUGGGCCAGGCAAGGCCAAGUACUCUGACUGGGAUGCAAAUGGCCUCCUCCCCAUUCAUGAAAGAGAUCAUUUGAUGAGCCAACAAGGAAUGGUACCCUUCCCUCCUCAGUUGAUCUGCACACAUCAGUGGAGGAAGAGUAUGUGUGUGCAUGUGAGUGUGCAUGAGGGAGAAUGGGGUGGCCACACCCACUGCUGACUUGCUGCCCCACAGGAUUAGUCAAGGAUGAAUGCGGCCCUUGGGCCAAAAAGAAAAAGAAAGAGCCACUCCUACUAGACUCACUUACUUGGCAGCAAGUCCUAUUCAGUAGAUCUUCUCAGUAGACUUCCUUCGAAUUCUGAUGUCGGCCUAUUGCUGACAAACGAACACUGUGAUUCUACAUCUUUUCAUAAACGAAGGUGUUUGGUGGGAAAAGUACAAUGCUGUUUGGUUCUUAAAAGGCAUUACAUAGGUGCUUGUAAAAUUCCUUGUUAAAGACACCCCAAGACUGUUUCUUAUCAAAACAUUUGUUAAUGUUUGUUGUAAGAUAAAUGUGUGUGUGUGUUUUUCCAAACAUAAACGUGGUUGUGCUACAAAAUUUAUUUAUUAUUAAUUACUGUAUUAUUAAUUCAGUUUUUAAGAGCAUAAGAAGAGCCCUGCUGGAUCAGGCCAAUGGCUCACCUAGUCCAGCAUCCUGUUCUCCAAGUAGCCAACCAGUUGCCUAUGGGAAGCCCACAAGCAGGACCUGAGUGCAAGAAUACGCCCUCCUUUCUUUUAUAGCAGAGGGAAGGUAGUACUCAGUGUUUGGAAUGAACUAGUUCAUUUUAAUGAAGCUCACAGAAUUGGUUCAAAAAUCUCUGAACUACACCUGAAAUUAUACUUCCCAUAAUUGCGGGGCAAAAUUAAGUUCAUUUUGGGGUAGAACUUUGAAUGAUUUCUGGUUCAUCUUUAAGUUCAUUC